AUGCCUGACGCAAUUAGGCCCAAAGGCGGUUUCGAGCGUGAAAACCAGGGCGAUGAGUGGCGCAUGCGGAAUGCGGAGGAGAGCGGUAACGACUUCCUGUUCCAAUACGGGCGGGCCGGAACGGGAAGUGAACUGUAUAUCGUUCCUGUGAAGUCAAAGAACGGUGACUGCAACACCGGAGCGCUUCCGGAAUGUGACUUGAACGAUAUCUGGAAUCACGGCGCAAUCGCACUUCCUGUGGAUGAGCAAGGAUAG